AUGUCACCAAUAUCCGCAGCAGUUGAACCCUGGCAGUCUGUGGCGAACUCGCCAUAUGGCUCCGAGGUCGACGACAGCGGCACCUCGAUGAACUCGCCGGUGUGGAUUGCCAUAACCAUAGCGUCCGGAGUUAUCCUUACAGUGGCACUCAUCGUGCUCGCCGUGUUCAUAUGCAACAAGCAUCGUCGACGCCAAAACCCAGAGCAAACGAACCCAUAUUCGGGCUCCGGCCAGUUUGCUACGAGCCAGAAGAUUAUGAGCUCGGCUGGCUUGGCUGAAGAGGAGGAGCUGCAACGGCAGUUCAUGAUUCGCAAGUCGCUUGCCACACGGUCAUGGAACACGAUCGAGAGCCAGGCUUCGAUGAGGACGACGACAGAGACGACGACAGAGACGACGACGACGGCCAUGACCGACCAGAUUGAGCGGCAGACGAUGGACAUCGAGGAUGAGGAGGACGCCGAGGCUCGCAACCUGAGAGACGACUGGAAGGCUUGGGAGGCCAGGGUUCAACAUGAGCGCUCUAUGUCUGGGGAGCUACAUCCCGCAAUCGAUUGCACCGUGCCGGCGCUUCGUCUCCCCCAGCCGCCAUCCAGAACUCGGUCCCUAACCUGCCCGCCCGUACCGCCGCGCCACCCCGGCCGGCUCCGCGCCACAUAG